AUGUCGGAUAGCGACGAAGACCACACCAACGGUGAUGACAACGUUUUUCUCAACCUGGUCGCGCGCGUCAUCCGGAAACCCCUCUACCGGUUUCCUGGGCAGUGGGGCCGCGAGACCUACGAGCCGCGGAUCUACAGAACUCUGGGUACCGUACUACGGAACGCGACCUCGGAAGAAUUCGAUGCCUUUAUAACGGACUUCAUCAAUUUCGCGCGGACGGCUCAUGCGCGCCUGGACAUGCAGUUCUACAUGGAGUUCAUCAAUGUGUGCACCAAUACCAUCCUCCACUGGGUGUUCGCGCGCAGGGGCAGCGCCGACAUAGUCCGGAAGCUGAUGGAGAGGACGUCGGUGUAUCUGCAGGACCAGACUGACAACCUGGCCAUACUAUGGAGGUAAAAACCGUAUUUCAUUUUUUGUUUGUUUUUACCGUAAAACGCUGAUAAAACGGUCAGCACUAAAUGUAGGCCUAAUUUCAUUUCACAACCACCUGAGCCAACGUCCAGCCAGACCUCUUGGCAGAGGCCAUAGUAGUACAGUACACUCCCAUACAGGAAAACACUAGUAAUCACACUGGUGAUAGUCGGGUUUUAAGAUAAAGUGGGUAAAGUGGUCCUACAGCUGGGGUCUUCAACUCUGGUGUAUUAGUGUUGGUCUGGAAUAAAAGCCUGCAUCAUCAGUAACUAGCCCUUCCAGGACUAGGAGUUGGUGGCAACCCUUUCCUUCAGUAAAACACACGAUGCGUCCCAAAUGGUACCCUCUUCCCUAUACAGUGCACUAGUUUUGAUCAGAGCCCUAUGGGACAUUGCUCUAAAGUAGUGCACUAUAAAGGGAAUAGGGUGUCAUUUUGGGACGCACACACAAUUCCCUUUUUCUCCCCAGGUGUUUCACACCCAUCUACAGCCCCAGCCCCAUGGGCGGGGUGACCCCACUGAUGUUCGUGGCCCAGAACAGGCAGUAUGACGUGCUGAAGGUGUUGCUGCAGUAUGGGAUGCUGGAGAGGGAGAGGAGACCAACCCACGUCAUCGUCUCGGUCCUGUUUGAUCCACCGAGACUGGAGGUGCUGGAUGAACGCUGUCACGCCACCGUCACUAGAGAACUCAGGGACUGUAUGGCUCUCUGCUUCAGGGUGCUCAGCCAUGUCUCCGUGUCUGAUAUAGAGGUCAGUUUACACACACACACACACACACACACACACACACACACACACUCACAGAGAGAGGGAACUCAGGGACUGUAUGGCUCUCUGCGUCAGGGUGCUCAGCCAAUGGUCCAUGUCUGAUAUAGAGGUCAGUUUAUUUAAUUUCCAUCACAGAUAUAGAGAUCCGUGGACCUAUACAAAACAAGGAACACUUCUUCUUGUGUAGAAUGCUGGGUAAAGCAAACAGUUUAAAGCAAAUAGGAGAAAGUCACAAUCCCACACUGUUGUAUAGCUAAGCCAUUCUGGUUAUUGACAUGCAUGUCCCUCGUUACAGAUGCAGAUUGUGUACGGUCGUAAGCCCCUGAUCGAAGACUGGAGAGAUCACAUCCCCCCAAGUCGCUACAGGGACCCCUGUGAACUGACCCACCUCUGCCGUAUGGUGGUUCGGACCUCUCUGCUGGCCAGGGGCCGCUUACCGGACGGCAUCAAGUCGCUACCUCUCCCUACACUCCUCCAAGGCUACCUCAACCUGGAGAGCUAA